AUGGGUGAGGAGACUUUCCCAUUUCUAUCAAAGCUGAAAAUACACCUAAAAAUACACACAGGAGAGAAUCUGAAUUCUUGUACUGACUGUGGGAAGAGAUUCACAACAUCACAAUCUCUGACUAUUCAUCAGAAAGUGCACAUUGGACAGAAGCCUUACUCCUGCUCUGACUGUGGGAAGAGUUUCUCCCAAUUGGAUAGGUUAAAAAGUCACCAACUAAUACACAGAGAGAAGCCAUUCUCCUGCUCUGACUGUGGCAAAUGCUUCAAAACAUCAACUGAGGUAAAGGUUCAUCAGAGAACACACACAGGAGAGAAGCCUUACUCCUGCACUAACUGUGGAAAGAGAUUCACAACAUCACAAUCUCUGACAGUUCAUCAGAGAGUGCACACUGGAGAGAAGCCUUACUCUUGCUCUUUAUGUGGGAAGAGGUUCUCUCAACAGAUCCACUUACAAACACACCAACAUGUGCAUACAGGAGUGAAGCCAUACUCCUGCUCUGAGUGUGGGAAGAGGUUCUCUCAACAGUUCCACUUACAAAUACACCAACAUGUGCAUACAGGAGUGAAGCCAUACUCCUGCUCUGACUGUGGGAAAACUUUCUCCCGAUUGGAUACCUUAAAAACACAUGAACGUAUCCAUACAGGAAAUAAUCCGUAUUCCUGUACUGACUGUGGGAAGACUUUCUCCCGAUUGGAUACCUUUAAAAUACAUGAACGUAUACAUACAGGAGAGAAUCCGUAUUCCUGUACUGACUGCGGGAAGAGCUUCACAACGUCAGGGACGCUGAUAAUUCAUCAGAGAGUGCACACUGGAGAGAAACCUUACUCCUGCUCUGGCUGUGAGAAGAGGUUCUCUCAACAUAUCCACUUACAAAAACACAAACGUCUACAUACAGGAGAGAAGCCUUACUGCUGCUCUGACUGUGGGAAGAGUUUCUCUCAACAGAACCACUUCAGAUCUCACCAGCGAAUACAUACAGGAGAGAAGCCUUACUGCUGCUCUGAAUGUGGGAAGAGUUUCAUCCGAUUGGAAAUAUUAAAAUGCCACCAGCGAAUACAUACAGGAGAGAAGCCUUACUGCUGCUCUGACUGUGGGAAGAGUUUCUCACAACUGGGCAACUUAAAAACACACCAACUUAUACAUAAAGGAGAGAAGCCUUACUCCUGCUCUGACUGUGGUAAGUGCUUCACAACAUCAACUGAUGUAAAAGUUCAUAAAAGAGCACACACAGGAGAGAAGCCUUACUACUGCUCUGACUGUGGUAAGAGUUUUGCCAGAUUGUAUACCUUAAAAACACAUCAAUGUAUACAUAAAGUGGAGAAGCAAAAUCAGUUCUCUCAGACCAACUAAGAUUAAAGUCAUUGCAUCACUUAAUUCUCAAGAAAGCAUAGCACACUAUUGUAAUCCUAUUGUUUCUCAUUGUGAGAGAACUGUGCCGAGAAAAGGGAGCGUUCUAGAAUGUUAGCUUCUACUUUACAUAUAUUGAGAGGACUUUGGAUUUGCCCUUAGGGUUGAAUAUCCUCUGUGAGGUUGGUUGACUGGGUGGUACUGCUUUCCUCUGCAUUUUUCUGUGAGGAAAGAGAUACAACAUGUCAGAUAGAGAUGGUGUGAUGAUCAGUUUUCUGUGGGAAUGAGUUAGUAGACACAACAUGUAUCAGAUUGUGAUGAUCAGUUUUCUGUGGGAAUGAGUUAGUAGACAACAUGUAUCA